CCUCUCACACACUGUCUCUGUCAUCCCCUCCUCCCUGCCUCCACACUCUCUCUCUCUGUGUCUCAGCUCCGUGUUGUCCCCGCUGCCACCCCCACCUCUUCUAGGUCGGUGCCCCGGGACCUCAUUCCCUGCAUGCCAAGGGGCCGUGUAUCCCGAUUCUGGAAGAUACCUGCUUUCUUCUCAUGGCCUGAUUUCCUUUUGAAAACGUCAAGCAUCAGAUACGAGAGGCGUUUCCUGAUCUUGUAAGACAUUUGAAUUGUGGUUUGUGUCCAACUUCAAGGGAUGCAACAUGACCUCUGCAGCGGUGGAUGGCGGUGGGUCAGUGGGGGAGUUUACCAGCAACGGAGUAGAAAACCUGGAUCAGGAAGAAGUUCAGGUUGAGUAUCCUGCCGUAAUUGUGGAGCCCGUCCCUAGCGCCCGGCUGGAGCAGGGGUAUGCAGCCCAGAUCCUGGUGUAUGAUGAUGAAACCUUUAUGAUGCAAGAUGUGGCGGAGGAACAAGAGGUCGAGACUGAAACCGUGGAGAUAGUGGAGGCAUCCGUACAUGGCAGCAAUGUUCACUGCACAGACAAAACCAUUGAGGCAGCAGAAGCUCUGUUACACAUGGAGUCUCCCACCAUUAUGCGGGACUCCAGGAGCCCAGUUGAAGUUUAUGUCCCUCCGUGCGUUUCCACACCGGAAUUCAUUCACGCGGCCAUGAGGCCUGAUGUCAUAACCGAAACCGUGGUGGAGGUUUCAACGGAGGACUCAGAGCCGAUGGAUGCCUCGCCAAUCCCAAUAUCUCUAGAGCUUGGGGAGCCAAUGAAAAAGAAGAAAGCUGGCCGGAAACCAAAGAUACAGCAGCCUACCUUUCCCAAUGGGUCCCCAGACUUGGGAAUUAAGAAGAAACCAAGAGAGGGCAAAGGGAACACCACAUACCUGUGGGAGUUCCUGCUGGACCUGCUUCAGGAUAAAAACACCUGCCCUCGAUAUAUCAAGUGGACACAGAGAGAGAAGGGGAUCUUCAAGCUAGUGGAUUCCAAGGCUGUCUCCAAACUGUGGGGCAAGCAUAAGAACAAGCCAGAUAUGAACUACGAGACUAUGGGCCGAGCCUUAAGGUACUACUAUCAGAGAGGUAUUCUUGCAAAAGUUGAAGGGCAGCGUCUGGUAUAUCAGUUUAAAGAGAUGCCCAAGAACAUUGUGGUCAUUGAAGAUGAUAAAGCGGAGCCCUGCAGUGAAGAACUUGUGUCCCCCGUUGAUGAUAAGUCUCUGGAGCGCGUAUCCCUCCCCACUGAGGGAAUCCUGAAAAUGGCCAUGCCUGCUAGAUUGGAGAAGAGCCCCACUCAGCAAAACUCCUCCAAAAAACACAGAUACGUCAGUUUGGCCUCUCCUGGGAAUGAAUCCUCACCUAAUUCACCCACCAGCACCACACAAACAGGAGCACAAAGAACUGUCCGCGUGGCGAUGCAAGUGCCUGUCGUUAUGACCUCGUUGGGGCAGAAAAUAUCCACAUUGGCCGUCCAGUCUAUGAAUUCAGCUUCGUCUCUGAUGACCAACACAAGCCCAACGACGACAUCAGCUCCAAAAGUAGUGAUCCAAACAAUUCCCACGAUGUUGCCAGCGUCCUCGGAUAGUGACAAAUACACCAUGCAGCCUGCCAAAAUAAUCACCAUCCCGACCUCCCAGCUCACGCAAUGUCAGCUACAGACAAAGCCUAACCUGAGCGGGUCUGGGACAGUGAACCUGGUUGGAACCCCACUUACUGUGAGAGCACUUACCCCUGUUUCCAUAGCACAUGGAACCCCUGUAAUGAGACUAGCAAUGCCAGCACAACAAGCCCGUUGCCAGACUCCCCCUAGGCUCAUUAGCACACUUAUUAAAGGACCUGAAAUGAAAUCAGACUUGCUAUUGGGCCGGCAAGAUGGGGAGCUGAAAACCUACCAACUGGUCAAAGAGGAAAAACAAACAGAAGGGGGCAAAACAGUUACCCAUGUUGUAGUCGUUAGUACCCCAUCUGGUAUCACCUUGCCAGUGACUGUCAAACAAGAAAGGGACGGUGAUCUGUGAGAAGUAAAGAGCGUUCUAUUGAUGUACAGUAAGAUUUGGGUCAAACUGACAUUAAAUAUUAAAGGACAACAUUUUGGAUUUGGAGGAUGAGAACUGAUUAAGUCUAAUGAGACGCUAAAGUAUGAUAAAAGGCAUGUAUGUGAUGUUAAAAUGAAUUGGCCUUUACUGGAAAUGAAUAACUUGCCCCGUGUUUUCAGUGGGAAAUCUGUUCAUAUGCUGACGAAAUAUUGCUUCUUGCAAAACGUUUAAUUUGACAUCAAGGAAAAAAAGAAAACUGAAAGGGACCAAAGUUUUCAAGUAGAUUUUUUUUUGUUUCAGGUUACACUAAGUAGAAAGUGGAACACUAAUGUUUGGCAGCAACUGUUUAACUACCAUGAGAUAGAAAGUAGAAGAACAGAUCAAAGAGGCAAUUGUAAAUUGUUUUUUUUUCUCCUUUAAUUUUUUUUAAUACCAACAUCAUAUACCACUGUGUACAAACAGCUCUUAUCCGGUGCUAUGUGGAGAUUCUGCUGAAUGUGAAUUGCAUAAAAAAGUGCAGAGAUAAGAUGUAUACCCACUUUAAAACACAGGCGCAGAUGUGGUAUCUUAAGCAAAUUUCAUGCGGAAGCCUUAGACUGAGUCUCGGUUUUAUUUUCCUUGAAAUAAGCUAAUGGCUUGUUUGUGUAAAGCUUUUUUUUAUAUAUAACUAUAUUGAGAAAAAAAAAAAGAAAAAAUCAAACAAAAAAACUUGUACCUAGCACAGUAUUGGCAUAGAAUUACAUGUAACAUAUUUUAUAUGGUAGAUUAAAGUCUGUUUAAUUUUUUUUUAUUAUUUUGUGUGUUUAAACAUUAUACUUGGCACAGAUGGUCUGAUGUGUUUUGAACUGCAGGCCUUCUGUGCAAGAUAGAGCGAAAUUGUAGACCUGUUACGAGAGGGUAAGUAAGCCUGUAACAGUGUAACAUGCUCUCAUCACACACAAUAUGCGCGUACAUUUCAAUUUUUGCUAUCCACUUGAAAGGUCAGCCUUAGCAUGAGUCCAUUAACUGGGGGGGAUGCAGAGCGGGAAUUAGGUUUGAAGCUAUUUUUUUAGUUCACGUUACGAAGAGGCUGUUAAAGGGAGAACAUAGGGGGAAAGUACAGUGUUCAGAAUGAACUAUAAUAGUUUGUAUAUUCAACAUUUGAAGUAUAUUCUAUUUUGUUGUACUCUUGUUUCAAAGUGUAUUCAAGUAGAUUUUACUGCAAUAUAGAAAAAAAUAAUUUCAAGAUCUGCGUCCUGUACUUGUUUCUUUACAUGGAGGUUUACAUCCCAUUGUUUUCAGUGGUGGUGGCGGCCUCUCAUUGUGUCCCAAUCAUGUAUCAAGCGAUCACAAAAACGGCAGAUAAGAACCAUUCCGACUAUUUUGCCUGUUUAUAAAAGCCUCAAACCUUACUUGGGCCUUCUUCUCGUCUUAGGAUUCAGGAUUCCCUCCCUGUAUUAACCUCUACUACUUCUACUUGAAGGCUUGUUUUACUCAUAUGUACCACCAUCCCAGUGAAGUAAAACUUCACUAGAAUUACAUCCAAGCCUCCAACCCUCUACUCUAAACCUCCCUCCUCUACUUUAAAUCCCUUUAUGUAUUUAAACACUUCUAUGUUUGCUCCUCUGAUCUAUACGUACAGAGAUCGCUUAAUUUUCCUGAUAAUUGUUAUAUUGCAAAUGGUUGACAUUUACUAGCUCUUCUCUGAACUCUCUCCAGAAUGUCAAUAGCCUUCUGGAGCUGAGGUCUGCAGAACUUUACACAGUACUCUACUUGAGGUCUGACCAGAGAUCUGUAAAGUGACAUAACCGCCUGCGUUUUUCUACUAGUAAUGCCUGUAACUAUGCAACCCAUUGUUCCAUUAAAACCUCAUCUUAUAUUUUGUAUUUAAA